AUGAAGGUACAUCUGUCUACCGCUUCAAUCUUCUUCUUUUCAGCCAUUUGCUGUCGAACGGCACACCCACAGAAUCCGUUGCCACACCAAGGUAUCUUCUACCCAGGCACAGACCUCGAAUUUCACAUGGCCGAGACGAGUAAAGCUAGCAGUGCCGCAGGCAUCGCCGAACACGUCUUCAGUCUUCCCUCGAGUCAUCUCUCCCCUAUCUACGGCUACGAGGAAGGCCAGCGUCAAGCAGUGAUCAAUCAUAUCGAAAAUCCUGCUUCUCGUUACGUCGUGCUGAUAAAGUACAGAAGAGGCUGGACCUUUGUCAUUUCUCCAUGGGUCGUGCGGCGUGGGCCUGAUGCACCUACACAGAAAGGCGUACUGUUUCUGCAGGCUUAUCCAGGCGGGGUACUGUCUCCUAUUGGAUACGCUGAGGUGAAGGAGGGUAUUCCGGAAGGACAUAGUCGAGACUUCUGGGAUACUCUCAACCGUGCAGCCAGAACGACAAGGGAAGAGCUAUUGAGGAGGUUUGAGAUUGAUAGGAUCGUCACUCCUGUGACCAUUCGAGGCUAG